AUGAAGUUCACAACAUUAGUACUCCUUGUGGUUGUGGUAGUCAUCCAAUUAUCUCCGACAUUGGUCAGAGCAACCGCGGCCGGAGAAGAGAAAGUGGUUUGCGAUAUGAAAGACCCUCUUCAACCAUGUCUCCUACCGAUCAUCGGACAUCUUCCACCGGUUCCACGCUGCUGCGAGAAACUCACAGAACACCAGCCGUGUAUGUGUGGUUACAUCAAAGACUAUUGGUUUGGUUUUAUUUGGAGAACUCCAAAUGCUCACAAACUUUUCGAUGCUUGUAAAAUUCCAUAUCCUACAUGUUGA